AGUCGGCAUCUCGGUGCCGGUCAAUGUGCAAGUGUUCUCUCGUAUUAUUAAUAUGCAAUAAUGGCCGGCAGAAUGCUAAAAUUUAUACGAGGCAAGGGCCAGCAGCCCUCUGCUGAGAGGCAGAAACUUCAAAAUGAGCUGUUUGCUUUUCGUAAGACAGUACAACACGGAUUCCCACACAGAGCGUCAGCGCUUGCAUGGGACCCACUCCUCAGACUGACCGCAAUUGGCACGGCCACGGGCGCUCUCAAAGUUUACGGUCGACCAGGCGUCGAGUUCUACGGACAACACACAAACCCAGACUCACCUGUCAUACAAAUACUCUUCAUUCCAGGCACAGGCCGUCUAAUUUCACUAUGUGACGACAACAGUCUCCACUUAUGGGAGAUCAAUGAAAAAUCCCUUGUAGAACUAAGAACACACACGUUUGAAGGGAAGAACAAGAAAAUAUCGGCGACAUGCAUCGAAGCGUCCGGCAAGAACUUGCUUAUUGGCACAGAAGGCGGGAAUAUAUAUACGUUAGAUUUGAACACAUUCUCCCUGAGCGAAGACGUUAUCUACCAGGAUUUAGUUAUGCAAAAUUGUCCAGAAGACUUCAAAGUAAACCCAGGUGCCGUGGAGUCAAUGUGCGAGCACCCGAAGGUACCAACCCGCCUGUUAAUCGGAUACAACCGGGGCCUCGUCGUGUUAUGGGACCGUACCACCGCACAGCCCAUCUACACCUGCGUGUCCAACCAGCAGCUGGAGAGCCUAUGCUGGAAUGAUGAGGGUGAUCAUUUCACGUCAUCACACAAUGAUGGAUCGUACGUAUCCUGGGAGGUGAGCGGGGCGUCCAGCGAUCGUCCCCUCAAGGAACCCAUUACUCCAUACGGACCCUACCCGUGCAAGGCCAUCUCGAAGAUACUCAACCGUACUAGUGUCACUGGUGACGAGAUACUCAUAUUUGCUGGUGGCAUGCCAAGAGCUUCGUAUGCAGACAAAUACACAGUAACUGUGCAACAGGGGGAGAAGCAUGUAUCGUUUGAUUUUACUAGCCGUGUAAUAGAUUUCUUCACCACAACUCCAGUGCCCCCUGACGGCACACCGCUACAAGAGGCUCGGCCUGAAACACCAUCACUCAUACAGCUACAGACCGUCAACCAAGUAGCCGCUGCUCUGGUGGUACUAGCGGAAGAAGAGUUGGUAGUAAUAGACCUGUGCGACAGUAAGUGGAGGCCACUGCGACCUCCGUACUUGGUGUCUAUCCACGCGUCAGCGGUCACCACCGCGCAGCUGGUCGACAACGUCGCCUCCAAUGUGUACGACAACAUCGUAGCGGCCGGGGAGCAACAAACUGAGAAUGUAUACUCGGAGAGCGCGUGGCCGAUCUCCGGCGGCAACGCGGAGAGUCCCGAGGCCGGCGGGCGGCAGCUGCUGCUGACCGGACACGAGGACGGCUCCGUGCGCUUCUGGGACGUCACCGGAGUCGCCAUGACGCCCCUCUAUUCAUACACCACAGCCCCCCUCUUCAGUGGUGAAGAGUUAUGUGAGAACAAUGACAGUCAAAACGACGAGGAAGAAUGGCCACCAUUCCGACGAGUUGGCACCUUCGACCCAUACAGUGAUGAUCCGCGUCUUGCCAUCAAACGGGUAAUACUUUGCCCCCUCUCCGGCAUGUUAACUAUUGGCGGAGCUGCCGGACACAUAGUUAUUGCAACACUCAAGAACACCGCGAGCACCGGGGAAGUUAAGACUAUGGCAGCAAAUAUCGUGUCAGAUCGCGAUGGAUUCGUAUGGAAGGGUCACGACCAAUUGACACUGCGUCCCGGGCCACUUACGUUUCCACAUGGAUACCAUGCGACGUCCGUGGCGCAGGUGUCCCCGCCGGCGGCGGUGUCCGCGCUGGCGGCGCAGUGGGAGUGGGGCGUGGUGGCGGCCGGCACGGCGCACGGGCUCGCCAUCUUCGACGCCAUCAACGCCACGCCGCUGCUGCACAAGUGCACGCUCAAGCCGCACGAUCAUUCGGGUGCAGGCGAUACGCCGAUUUCAAGACGGAAAUCAUUCAAAAAGUCCUUGCGAGAAUCGUUUAGACGACUACGGAAAGGCAGAUCACAGAGACGUCAGACCACGUCCAAUCCCACCUCACCCACACAGCCCCCUCCCAAGAAACCCACAGACAAGGCAGCGUCAGAGACAGAUGCGGACGUGAAGCCUGUGGAGCGCGCGGUAGAAGCUCGCUCGGCGGAUGACGCCAACGCACCCGUCGUGCGCUGUCUGUACUUCGCACGCACCUUCCUCAUCAACGCACAAACGUCUGCGCCGACGCUGUGGGCGGGGACUCAUUGCGGCACAGUAUACGCGUUCACACUACACGUACCCAACAAUAACAAGAGAAAAGACGAAGCGGUCACCUGUCAAUUAGCAAAAGAGAUCCAGUUGAAGCACAAGGCUCCAGUUAUAGGCAUCACAGUUUUGGACGGAGCGUCGGCACCGCUACCCGACCCAUUAGAGGUGGAGCGCGGCGUGGCGGCGUUGCCGGAAGCCGGUACUCACCGCGUGGUGAUCACCUCGGAGGAACAGUUCAAGGUGUUCACGCUGCCGUCACUCAAACCGCACCACAAGUACAAGCUCACCGCGCACGAGGGCGCUAGGGUCCGGCGGACGGCCUUCGCGUGCUUCACGAGCGGCGCAUACCGCGAGUGGUGCCUGCUGUGCCUCACCAACCUGGGCGACUGCCUCGUGCUCAGUCCAGAGCUGCGUCGGCAGCUCAAUGCCGCCGCCGUCCGCAAGGAGGACAUCAAUGGCAUUUCAAGUAUGUGCUUCUCAAAGAGAGGCGAAGCUCUCUACCUACACUCGUCAUCUGAACUGCAGCGAAUCACACUGUCUGCUACAAAGGUGACAAUUGCACAAUGUCAAGUGAUAUUAUCGCCUUGGGCAGCCGCGCUGCGAGGGACCAUAGAGGCGGCACCACUCACCAAUGGGGACCAUAAGCAGGAGGAGACAGCAGAGACUAUUCACGACGUCACAGCCGCAUCGGGUGAUAUUACGGUCGACUCCGUCAGGGACCACACCAAUGCGGAACAACAACAGCCGCCAGAGCUCAACAUCAAUUUACAGAACUCGCAAGUAAACACGAGUUCCAUGGUUGUGAAAACGACGACGAGAACGACAAUCAACGACGGUAGUAGCAGCGACGGCAAUGCGACCACCACCACUACAACGACCACCACGAAUGCAACCUCCGAGAACAUCCUAGAGCACAGUCGCGAGGAAGGAGUCAUCACCCGCAUCGAGACAGGCACCGUGACAGUGCCGGCCGGGACCGACCCGAAGCUGAUCCUCGAGAUGUUUGACCGGCAACGGUCGCCGCUCUCCGUGCCCGUGCCGCCCGCUGCCGACGCGCACUAGGGCUGAACCACGCCCUCCGCCCUGCAAACACAUAUCUAGAACCGAAUACCAUCACAACCGGUGUAGCUAUACUCCUGUUAUUUUGUGCACAAGCAUAAACGUUAUCAUAAUUUCACAAAUAUCGAUCGGUUUGUAUGUAGACUGCGAUAUGUUACCGGCAUUCGAUCCCUGUCCACCGAUACUCCACAUCGAAUUCCGGCGCAUAGAUAAAUAAUACGAGCGUGACAUAUUGUUUGUAGAAUAAAAUAUAAUAUAAUAAUAUAUAUAUUUCGUUUUUACUGUUUUAUAUUGUUAAUUUUGUGGACACCUAGACAGCUAAAAGUACUGCCAUGUUCGAGUGCAUGGUGACCACGUUUUCUGCUGUAAAUGAAGAUCGCUAUACUCAGAGCUAUAAAAUAGGGUCACAUGUACCAACAUAUUUUUUGCUCUAAGAUAUUUUUAUUGCUCUUUAAUAAAUAUUUGUAUUAAUCGCUUAAUAUGCGUGCAUGUUGCAAUGGUAGCAAAACCAUUUUGGGAUAAUAUGUAAUGUUUUAUAUAAUCAACAUAGUACUUAAAAGUUAAAAAAUAAACUGUUUUUCUUUUUAAUUUUUGAAACGUAUUCGAGUACAAAAUCUGGACCACCAGCGCCAUAACAACGUUUGUUGUAAUAACAAUCCUGCAAUAUAAUUGUAGAUUGUUUUAUAGUAUUUUUUUAAUUAAAUAAGUGAACAAUGUGAAAUAAUUUACCAAUUUAGCUUGUUAAGUUACUAUUUCCAACAUUCGGAGUGAACGUGAUGUGCCUAUUUAUUUCUUUUUUUUAUUCUGUUUAAUAAUUAUGAAGAUAAUUGUAUUUAAGUAAUUAUAAGAACAUUUAGAUUAGAAAUAGUACAUUUUUGACAAUUAGCAAUUGACUAGAGUUGAGACUAGAGUAUAUUUUUAUUGAUAAAAUAUCAUUUCAAGCGUAUUCAUUUCGUAAUUGCAAUUUUUAUAUUCGUUCGUACGGCGUGUCUUAAGUUUUCAAUUGAAUUGUAUAUUCAGUAAAUAUUAAUUUUAAUAAAUUAUAAUAAUAAUAAUAUAAUUAAUGAAUCAAUGUGAAAUGUUUUAUGCAAUAUUUUUUAGCGUUUUAAUAAAGUUUUUUAAUUUUAUAUUUUAGUAUUUCACAUAACUAGUGCUGUGUCGCCAAUUAAAGGUCGAUGAACACAUGAAACUUAUUGUAUUACAAAAUUGACCAAUCUGUGGUAAAGUAAUUUAUUGAUAGAUAUAUUCGUUACCACAAGCGUGAGAAGGAACGAAAUGUUACUAUCUCGUUCGUACUAAUGUGUGUAUUAGCACGAAUGCAUUUUGAUUA